GGGUUCAUACUUUUUCAAGCCACGCCAUAUUCGCAACCCAAAAAUUCCCUCCUCACAAUCAAGAAUCUUCAAUCAAAAUCACCAUUUUUUUUAUUCCAAACAACACAAGAUUUCAUUCUUCACCCUUUUUUCUAUCUACAAUGUGUCGCGACAUAACUAGAAACCUACAUCCACUUAUCACUUUUCUUUAUAAAUGCUAGCAAUUUUUGUUCGAAAAUUAAGAAACAUUAUCGCCAUGGAUGAAGAUCGCAUCAAGGAAAACUGCCCAAUCAAACUCGACUCCUUCAAUCCGAAGCCUUCAAUGACGAAGGAAAUGAGGAAGAAAAGAGCUGCGGUUUUGAUAUGCAUUUUCAAAGGGAGAGAAGGCGAGCUCCGCGUGAUUCUUACAAGAAGAUCCAUGAAGCUGUCGUCUCAUCCAGGAGAUGUAGCAUUGCCCGGUGGAAAGAUGGACGAAUGCGACGCCGAUGAUGCUGCGACGGCUCUGAGAGAAGCGACGGAGGAAAUCGGUUUGGAUCCGAAUCUUGUCCGUGUCGUGGCCGAUUUAGAGCCGUUCAUUUCGUCGAAUUUACUGAGGGUGGUACCGGUGAUAGGACUGCUAUCGAGAGUGGAAGAGUUCAAGCCGGUGCUUAACGCAGAUGAAGUUGAUGCUAUAUUUGACGCACCAUUAGAGAUGUUCCUUGAGGAGGACGGGCGGCACAAGUGCUUGGAGAAGGAAUGGGAAGGUUGGAAAUACGCAUGCCAUAUAUUCGAGUUAGCAUCUGAGAAAGGCAAUUUCGUAGUAGGAGGAUUAACUGCAAGCAUUCUAAUUCAUGCAGCCUCCAUCAUUUAUCAAAGAUCUCCCUCCUUUGACCAAAAUCUUCAAGAUUUCAGUCAACUGCAGUGGACUUUGACCAAGUCCUAAAUAACCAUACAACACUCUCAUUUGCUACCCAUUGUUGGUCAUCACAUGUAUCUUUCCAUUAAUGUUUAUCUCAAAUUGUUACUAGUUUACCCCAUAUUUUUAUGACCCAGAAAA